CAGCGUCCCUGGAACGAUGUUGCUGAGUUUCAGUCUAACCUAAAAGCUUGCACCAUCUGAAACGGCAAGAAACAAUCGUUUGUUGUUUUGACGUUUUCUAUUCAAAAGACUUUAUCCUGGUUUAUAGAAAAAAAUGCUGUAUCUUAGACAGCUUGGAAUUCGAUUGGCUAGUACAUCAGCAGCUUCAGGAGCAACUAGAUCAGGGAAAUUAUUAGAUUCAGUUAUAAGGGUAGAUCAUGCUGGAGAAUUAGGAGCUGAUAGAAUAUAUGCUGGACAAAUGGCUGUUUUAGGGGUAUAUAAGACAGGUAGAACAUCUGUUGGUCCAACUAUUCAACAUAUGUGGGAUCAAGAAAAGGAACAUCGUGCAAAGUUUGAAGAGUUGAUUAGAAAAUAUCGUGUAAGACCCACUGUUCUAACACCUGUUUGGAACAUUGCUGGGUUUGUCCUUGGUGCUGGUACAGCACUCAUGGGAGAAAAAGCAGCUAUGGCUUGCACCGUAGCUGUUGAGACAGUGAUCACAGAGCAUUAUAAUGAUCAAUUACGUGCAUUGAUGGAAAGUGAUGAAAAAAUACAUGAAGAAGUUUUAGAAAUAAUUAAAAAAUUUCGUGAUGAAGAACAAGAACAUCAUGACACUGGUCUAAAACAUGGUGCAGAACAAGCACCAUUCUAUCAAGCUUUAACAAAUGUUAUUAAAUUUGGUUGUAAAACUGCUAUAUCAAUAUCCAAAGUUAUAUAAAUUAUAUAAUUUGUUAAUAUAGUACAAAAAUGUAACUUUAAUGAAAUAUUUAUAAAUAUUAGUCUGAUUUUAAGUAAAUAAAAUAUUUGUUUUAUA